AUGGCACCUCUCUCUCUCCGUCUCCCAUCUCUUGAAGAUGGUGAACCUUGGAUCGUCCAUAGGAAGCUCUUCGAAGUUCUCACUGGAUACCUGCAGCCUGGUAGCUGCACUGCUCCUUCCGCUGCUGCCAAGGAGAUUGACGACUUGACUCCAGAUAAGCGCCAGUCUAACGAUGGAAAACCAAAUGAAGACCACGAGAGCUUUCUUCUGGAGAUCUGGGACUCAAUGAUCGAGAUUGCUAAGCAGAUCCCAAGUGACCAUGCCUCUCAGGACCGCCUGGUGGAGCUGAUCAAAGCGCUGACUGAGCUGCCGGCUACUGAUAUUGAGGUCUGGGGGAAGAAUGUCGAUCUGGCUUCUGCUCAUACGGUUGCAGGACCAUCAAGUGAUGACAAGGCUCCCACCCCCGAGGAGGCCGAGCGAUGGAUCAACCAGAACGCCUUUGCAGCACGCCUCUUGAAUCUCAACCAGAUCGACUGGUCCAACUUUGCCGUCUGGAGUCUCCGGUCUGCUCUUGAAGAGGCGCCGGUUACCGCGGCGGAAAGCCACAAGUGUGACAUUGCUGCAGCAGCACAAUGGAUGCUGUAUAGCGGCCAGUACCUACUCGAAGAGGCAAAGGGUGAUGCUGCCAGAGAGGCAGAAGAGGAAGAAGCAGCGAAAACAGAGGAGCAGCCAAACAGAGGCCAGCCACUCGCUGCCGGAAGCUUGUAUAAGGGCAAGGCAAGACUUUGCCCUGAACGUUGGGAGUUCUGGAAACAGCAGUUUGGAAGCAUCACCCAAUCGGAUGUGCAGAGUGUUGCAUCGCUCGCAAAGCAGAAGAUGGAUGCUGCCAAGUAA